CCGCCCCUGCCAGAAACCUUCGCGGAAGAGAUCAGAACACAUCUGCCCAGCAUGGCGGACUCACAAGCCGACGGCGUCGACAUCGCCGAACAGUACAACCUCCUCCCGAAGCUCAUGCCGCACCUCGACCGCCACCUCAUCUACCCUCUCCUCAACUUCUCCCCCGACGAAGAGGCCGAGCAGCCACUCGACCAGAAGAAACUCCUCCUCGAGCUCCUCAAGCCGACGAACAUGACCGACUUCGUGGGCCAACUAUACCAAGAGAUCCACAACCUGGACGAGAUGCCGGACGAGUACAAGAAGAAGCGGGACGAGGUGCUCAAGCGAAGAGAUCAGCUGGAGGAAGAGACGAGCAAGAUUUCGGGCCUGCUCGACGACGAGAACGUGGUCACAAAUCUGCGGAGCGACAAGGUGCAGAAUUUGGCGUAUUUGAAGGAGCAGCAUGGCGUAACGGUGGAGAUGGUGAACCAGCUUUACGAGUUUGGCCAGUUUCAGUAUAGCUGUGGCGUCUAUCCGCAUGCUGCUGAGCUGCUCUAUCGGUUCCGCGUUCUGACUACAGACAACGACAAAGAGCGCGAAGCCACCUGGGGCAAGCUCGCCUGCGAAAUCCUCUCGGUAAACUGGGACUCGGCCAUGGAGGAAAUCAACAAGAUCAAAGAGCAAAUCGACACGCGCCUCUUCAACAACCCGCUCGCCCAGCUACAGCAACGCACCUGGCUGAUCCACUGGUCGCUCUUCCCGCUCUUCAACCACGAGCCUGCCCGCGAGAUCCUCACCGAGAUGUUCUUCUCCCCCGCCUACAUAAAUACCAUCCAGACACACUGCCCAUGGAUCCUGCGAUAUCUCGCCGCCGCCGUCAUCACCGGCCGGAAUCGCGGACGCAACUCGAAUCAGUACCAGAAACAGCUGAAGGACUUGGUCAGGAUAGUCAGGCAGGAAGGCUACGAGUACAGUGAUCCGGUUACCGACUUCAUCAAGGCAUUGUACAUCGAUUUUGACUUUGAGGAGGCGCAGAAGAAGCUCGGCGAGACGGAGGAGAUUCUUAAGAAUGACUUCUUCUUGUUAGGUGCUGCGGAGUCCUUUGUGGAUGCUGCACGCCAUCUUAUCUCAGAAAGCUACUGCAAGAUUCACCAGCGGAUUGAUAUCAAGGACCUGUCCACCCGCCUCGGCCUCUCACAAGACGAGGGUGAGAAGUGGAUCGUCAACCUCAUCCGGGACACGCGCGUGGACGCAAAGAUCGACUACCAGGCCGGCACCGUGGUGAUGAACCAUCCACCGCAGUCAGUCUACCAGCAGGUCAUUGAGCGGACGAAGGGCGGCUUCUUCCGGACACAAGUCUUAAGCGCAGCCGUGGCGAAAUGAGCAUUGCAUUCUCCUGCGGCGUUGGUUUGACCGGAUGCGAAGAGGGGGCCGCUUGUGGGGAUGUGGAAGGCCAAUGAGGGAGAUGCACCCUUCUAUGAGACCGAGGCGCGGCACAAACCCAGAGCUUGGAAAAGCUCGCAUAAUGCAUGGUUCACAGGCGUCUUGCGGCUUCUCGUUCAGCAGCAUGAGACGUCUUCGCGAGGGAUAGGUAGCAAGAGCUGGAAGCUGUGUAUUCUAUAGAUGCUGAAUAAGUGGCUUUGAAAUGGAAAUGAAACACC